AUGGAUCAGCCAGAGCCCGCGACACCGCUUUACCCGGCCAUGGCCCUCCUCAACUACAUGCAUGCGCCCACAGUCGGCUUCUACUACAUGGGCGCUUGCGCAUUCAGUUUGUGCAUAUUGCAAAAACCACGAUUAGUAUCAGCAAAGAGGCGGUGGAGCAUACUCAUCGCCAUGCUCGCGAUACUGGUCGCAUACAUCACAGAGGUACUUUACUACUUCAGUCGGUCAAUGGGCGAUUGGGACUAUGAGGCACCACAACCUGCAGCAAUCCGCUGCUUAGGAUCGAUACUGGUCUGGAGUCCGCUCGCAUACAUACUCUGGUCGAGUAAGGCGUUACGGUGGCACGCCUACUUUGGCGCGUUUGUCCUGCAAUUCGCUUUCGAGACUACGACAUGCCUGAUAACGGCAUUUUCCAUCCCGGAGAAGGGUCGGCAGAAGAAUGCGCCUUUCGUGAUUGACUGCGUCAGGGCGUUGGCUUCGCUCAUAAUGCUUCUUGACGCCUUCAUCAUUCUGGUCACCAAGCAGGCGGUGAUCAGCACGGACGAGGAACGCCAGUCUCUGCUAGGAAAGCAAGCGAAUGGUUCAUCAACACCCAACGGCAACGCUGGAUAUGGCACCAUACCUACUGGAACGUCGAGCGACGAUGAGGAAGCACCGCCGAAAGAUGACGACAAGGAUAUCAAAGAGCAACAGGCAAAGCGUCUCGAAGAGGAGGGUGGCUGGUUCGGAUAUCUCAAGGGUUUCGCCGUGUUCUUGCCUUACCUAUUCCCGAGAGACGACUGGAAAGUCAUGACAUGCCUGGGUCUACGACUCAUUCAUAUGCUGACAGAGCGUGUUCUGAACUUGCUUACUCCUCGCCAAAUCGGUAUCAUCACCAACAAACUACAGCACUCUUAUGAGACCCAGAGUGGCGUCAUGCCGUGGAGGGAUAUUGGCCUCUGGAUCUUGUUCUCAUACAUCAACAGCUAUGCUGGGCUCGGCAUAAUCGAUGGCAUCGCAAACUUAGUCAUCUCGAACUCCGCGUAUCGGCGCAUCACCUUGCUCGCAUAUGAGCAUGUCCUCGGUCUAUCCAUGGACUUCCACACCUCGAAAGACUCCGGGGAGGUUCUCAAAGCUGUUGAACAGGCGUCAUCUCUAAACUCGCUCAUCGAGAUGGUUCUCUUCGACAUUGCGCCCAUUCUGUUGGACCUCUUCGUAGCCAUGUACUACGUAACGCACUUGUUCGACGCUUACAUGGCCUUCAUCAUCCUUUUCAUGGGCGCAGCAUACAUCGUAAUCGGAUUCUACUUCACGACGCUCUCUCAGCCGAAGCGAAGAGACUAUGUCGAAAAGCAGCGUACUGAAAGCUCUACAGUCAAUGAGACUGUCCACAACUGGCAGACGGUCGCUUACUUCAACCGAUUGGUGUUUGAACACAAGCGCUAUGCCGAGAACAUCAUGAACACCAUCUCCGCUCAAUACGCAUACUACUUCCGAUCUAUGGGCGGCCAUGCGGCACAGGACGUUCUGACAACUCUCGGGUUUGCCGGUGCUUGCGUCUUUGGUAUGUCGCAGAUUGUCACUGGCCGCAAGCCAGUCGGCAAUCUUGUCACUCUGAUCAUGUACUGGCACACAAUGACAUCGCCCCUAUACGUUCUCUCCUACAGCUAUCGCCACAUCUCCAGCUCGCUUAUUGAUGCUGAGCGCCUUCUGCAGCUACUUAAUACUAAACCUACAGUUGCCGACCAAGACGGUGCAAGAGACAUUGUGGUUUACGCGGGUGAAGUCGAGUUCAAGGACGUCGACUUCCACUACGACGAGCGUAAGCCCAUUAUCAAGGGCGUGAAUCUGAAGGCGGAAGGCGGACAGACCAUCGCCUUCGUUGGUGAGACAGGAGGCGGCAAGUCGACAAUGCUGAAAUUGCUGUUCCGCUUUUACGACGUGACCGGCGGCUCAAUCAUGAUCGAUGGUCAAGAUCUACGUUCAGUCACGCAAGCCAGUCUCAGGAAUGCUCUCGGUCUUGUGCCGCAAGACCCUGUCCUCUUCAACCAGACCAUCCGACAAAAUAUUCGCUACGCCAAACUCGACGCAACGGACAAGGAGAUCGAAGAUGCCUGUGCCGCUGCUGCCAUUCACGACGACAUCGUUGGCUUCCCCGACGGCUACAACUCCAAGGUUGGCGAACGUGGUGUUCGUCUCUCAGGCGGUCAACUCCAGCGCAUAGCCAUCGCACGCGUACUCCUCAAGAACCCCAAGAUCGUUAUGCUCGACGAAGCCACGUCAGCAAUCGACUCUUCCAUCGAAGCGCUCAUCCAGCAAGCGUUCCGCAAGCUGAGUCAAGGCCGCACGACCUUCGUCAUCGCGCAUCGCCUCAGCACGAUUGCUGAUGCGGAUCAGAUCCUCGUUGUGGAGAAGGGCGAGAUUAUCGAGAGGGGCACGCAUCAAGAGCUGCUGAAGAAUGAAGUUGGCAAGUAUUCGGAGCUUUGGUCGAAGCAGACUGCGGGGCACUUGUCGAAGACGCCGUCGAAGGAGGAUGUGAAGAAGGAUGUAGCGACAAAGGAGACCGAAGACACGGUGACCGAAGACGAGGACACCGAAAACAAGAAGACGAAGCAAACAGAUGAGGCAACUGCAACGGCCGUAGAAAGGAAAAGCGAUAAUGAGGACACGACAACGAAGCUACCACGCCGCUCAACAACCCCCGUCGUGGCGCAGACACAACUUCCUUACGUCAUCCAUUACCGAAACACCUUGAUUCGCCGCUUCGCCACAUCCACGCAGGUCGAGCGACCCAAACAGUCAAUCCCUUUCGGACAUCUGCAACCGCGCCCCUUGCGCAGAAUUCCUCUUAUGGCGGUGCCGAAACGCUUCCUGCUGCUUGCGGCUGCGGCGUGGACGUGGUUUAGUCAGCGGUAUGCGCCUGCCGUCGCUGUCUCGCAGGGCUACAUUAAGAACACCAUUGCGCUUUUCGCAAUCGCAGUCUUCGUUCAACUGGCAUGGUCCAUCGUUAUCUACCCAUUAUUUCUGAGUCCGUUGAGGCAUCUACCCUCGCCGCCAGACAGCCAUUUCCUGCUCGGCCACUUCCGACGCAUUUACAAGGACCCGACGGGUGAGCCGCAGCGGGAUUGGAUUGACAACGUGCCGAAUGACGGUGUGUUGUAUUAUCGGUGGUUGUUCAAUGAGCCGAGGAUACUGGUGACGAAUCCGAAGGCGAUUGGAGAGGUGCUGGUGACGAGGAGCUAUGAGUUUGUUAAGCCGGGGAGGUUGAGGAAGGGGUUGGGGAGGUUGUUGGGCGUGGGGAUUCUGUUGGCGGAGGGGGAUGAACAUAAGCGCCAGAGAAAGGCACUUAUGCCUGCGUUCAACUUCCGACACGUCAAAGACUUGUACCCGAUUUUCUGGAGUAAAUCCCAGGAAUUUACCGAGAAGCUCGCUGAAACCAUCAAGAACAGCCCCGAUGAAUCAUCCGUAGUCGAAAUCGGUCAUUGGGCUUCCCGCGCCACUCUCGACAUCAUUGGUGUAGCAGGAAUGGGCAAAGACUUCGAUGCCAUAAGCAACCCGUCCAACGAACUCAACGAAACCUACCGCAAGAUCUUCGCCGGCGCGCGUGGUGCUCAACUCAUCCAAGUAUUGCUGAAUCUGCUCCCCCACUGGGUCGCUGUCAAUCUUCCCUUGGCGCGCAACGACAUAAUCGGCAACGCCGUCGACACCAUCAAGAAAGUCGCCAGAGAUCUCAUCCACGACAAGCGCGAGAAGCUGCAAUCCGGCGAGGCAAAAGGCAUGGACAUCUUAAGCGUAGCCAUGGAAUCCGGCGGUUUUAGCGACGAAGACCUCGUAAACCAACUCAUGACGUUCCUCGCCGCGGGCCACGAAACUACCGCUUCAGCCAUGUCAUGGGCCGUAUACCUGCUGUGUCAAAACCCUGAUGUGCAAACACGACUUCGACAGGAGAUCCGCACCGAGCUGUCUGAAGCACUGCAACCAGGUGGCCAGAUCUCUUCGACCGAAAUCGACCGACUCCCCUAUCUAAACGCCGUACUGCAAGAAACAAUGCGCAUCUACCCCCCCGUCCCCCUCACCCUCCGCGAAACCGCCCACGACACCACCAUCCAAAACCACUUCGUCCCCGCGGGUACAACCGUCGUAAUCUGCCCGUGGGCCAUCAACACGUCCACCCAUCUCUGGGGCCCAGAUGCCCGCUCCUUCAACCCCGACCGCUGGAUGCAGCCCGGUACUGCCAACACGGGCGGCGCGGAGUCGAACUAUGCCAUUACGACGUUUUUGCAUGGGCCAAGGAGCUGUAUUGGCAUGCAGUUUGCCAAAGCGGAGUUUGCUUGUCUCGUGGCGAGUUUGGUGGGGAGGUUUGAGAUUGGGUUUGAGGUGGAGGGGCAUGUGGCGGGGAUUCAGGGGGGGAUUACGGCGAGGCCUAAGGGGGGGUUGAGGGUUAGGUUGAGGGAUGUUGGGGUGGGGGAGAAGGUGUAG